AUGAUGCUCAAUGUGCUCAUGAUGGUCCCCGCAGCGAUAUGGUGCGCCAUUAUGCUGUACCUCUGCACUCUGUACAACACGGCGCUUCAGAAUGGUGCUCCUCUGUAUUUCAAUGGGGCCGGUGUCAUAGCAGCGCUGUCAUUUUUCAUUUGCGUAUUUGUGAUUGCCUAUUUGCGUUUGCGUUAUCCGCGCCUUUUUAUACCAUCCUUGCAAGGCUUCACAAUCCCUUUUUUCGGUUUGACUAAAGGCAUCUACGACACCUCGUUCAGUGUCAUGAAUAUCGUUAAUAUUCUUUACCCGGUUCUUAUCGGUGGCGCCAUUGCCCUCAUCGUCAAUUUGUGCUUGUGGCCCGAAACCGCCGCCAAAGCUUCGGAAGCAUCUUUAGGUCAUGCCAUUGCGUCGGUGCGUAACGUGCUCACUUUUAUUCAGGACAACAUCCUAAAAAGCGAUCAGUCGAUUCCGUUUGCCGAUGACAUUGAAGUAGCCGGUCAACUCCGCCAAAUGAACGAUCAAUUGCAAGCCGAUAUCAAUCAAAUGAAGAAAGCUAUCAAGGAAGCAAAGUACGAGAUUGUGAUUUCUCGCUAUUCGCCACGAAGCCAUAGGCAGAUUGCCAAGUCACUCGACGCCCUGUCCCGAAACAUGCUCGGGUUUUCGUUGGCGUUCGCAAGAGAGGUCGAGAUUAUGUUGCGCCUCAAAUCCCAGACGAUCAUUGAGAAAAAACCUUCGUUGUACGAUGAACGACCGCAUUCCCUGCCUCUAGAUAAUGGAUACCAUCCUGCUCAGUAUAAGCAACUGGCUCGUUUACAAAGCGCAGUCCAGCCCGACAUGUACCGGUUUAUUCAGGUGUGCAAUUAUGCUGUGUCGGGAAUUGAAGCCAGGUUAGCCGAUCACAAAGCCAUUCCAGCUUCAGGCACCGGAGGUCCAACGAAUGACAAAGAAAGCCAGGAAGAGUCUCUGUCCGAAGCACUGGAACAUCUUCGCUCGGCCGAAUUGAUCCUCGAACAAGAAUAUGAAGAGCGACGCUCUUCACCGGUGCAAGAUCAUUUCCUGGUGUACUCUAUUGUAUUUUCACUGAUCGAAUUUGGAAGAGAAUUGAUCCAAUUGGAGGAACAUACCGACGCAUUACUAAAGCAGCGAACGUCGCAACGAUGGCCAAGCAUCUUCUUUCCCCGCAUGCCGCUUCACAAGUGGAUCAGCCGAGCCAGUGAAAGUCGAGCGCAACGAGUACCAGCUGAGGACGCCGUUUUUGAAAUCGAAGGGUUGGAAAGAGAAAGAACACGACAACCGUCCAACGCCGGUCCAAGUGACGCAGCUGAUGCGUCUGCAGGAAUUCAUCGAGAGCAUCGAUUAUCGACGGAAAGCCAAUUUACCGAUGUGGAAAAGGGGAUCCCGCUACAGCAUGCGCCCGGUCUGCAUGCGUGGAAUCAGUGGCUGCGUACUUUCAAUCGAUGGAUGCACAGAGGACCCACACGAUACGCUAUCAAAUUUGCCAUUACCAUGGAACUGUUGGCUCUCAUGUCUUGGUUACCUGUUCCAGGAGCGAACGAUCUGUAUAAUAAUUACCACGGCCAAUGGGCACUUUUAUCGGCCAUGGUGGUGUUCAAUUUUACUGUGGGAUCGACUGCAAUCCAAUGCCUUUUCCGUGUGGCAGCGACCAUCAUUGGUGCCGUUGCUGGCUACAUUGCACUCUUGGCGGCCCACCGUAAUGAAAAUCCGUAUGUACUGGCGGUGCUGAUUCUUGUCUUCCAGAUCCCUCUGUGGUAUAUUUUGUUAGGAUCCAAAUACCCUCGUAUUGGAUUUAUUUCGCUGUUGACGUUGGCUGUCAUUACGUCCACCGAUUACAUUGAUAAGUAUCACGAAAGCUUAUUCCAGCCCGUGUGGGUGCGAACCGUUACUGCCAUUCUUGCCAUUAUUGUUGUGAUGGUGGUGGAUCAGAUUGUUUGGCCCGUGUGGGCUCGUAAAGAGACUCGCAAGCAUCUGGCCGACUUGCUUAUCGCUACCGGGAUCCAGUACUCUCGUGUGGCGUCCCUGGUGUGCCAAGACAAUACGAGUAGUCGCCGAUAUCAAGCGACGCUGACCGACGCCCAGUUCAAUAGCAAACAUUUACGCCGACAAUUGCGCUUGACCACCGAAAUGUUGGGACUCACCGCCACGGAACCGCGUUUGACCAAAGGUCCAUUUCCCAUCCACUUGUACCGUAAAAUCUUGGAACAUGAAAAGUAUAUCCUAUACUGGAUCGAUCACAUUUUAAAAGUUCAGGCUUUUAUCACUCCUCAUGUGCGCAAGAUGAUCAUGAAUCCCUUGAAUCCUUACCGGAAAGAAAUGGCGGCAGCCGUUCACAUGUAUCUGUUUACCCUCGCUGGGUCACUGCGUACCAAAUCAUCCCUUCCAGCUUCCUUACCGUCAGCCGAAGUCGCUCGUCGGUUGCUGCAACGACGACAAGUCCAGUUAUGGCGAGAAAAUAAUCAGAAAUCAGGAAGUUUACUAUCGCCUAACAUGUCCAAAGAAGAAAGUGCGACCAAUCAAGUGUAUUGGCAGACUUAUGCAGCGGGAUCCGUCGAAGUGAUUGCCGAGCAAGAAGCCAUGGGUCAGUGUGUGGCUGAACUUAUGGGACAAUACGUCUUCCGUGCUGCCACCGAAGAUUGGACCAGCUAA